GGCGCUUGGCUCCCUCCCUCCUCCUGCUGCUGCUGCCAGCGGAGGCCAGGGGCUCCUUCCCGGACUGGGAGGCGGCUCUGGGGCCAGAGGUGGCUCCAUCCUCCUUCCCAACCCUGGGCUCUCCUUCCUCUCCCGCCUUGAGGCAGCCAUGGACCCCGAGAGCACAGAGACCCUGGAGCUGAACGGCCUCGCCGCCGGGAAUGGCAACGGGGACGCCUCCCCGCAGCCCGACCAGCCUCAAAGACAAUGGCUACAGAGAAACAACAGACCAAUUAACAUUAACCAUUAUGCCAAUAAGAAGAGUGCAGCAGAGAGCAUGUUGGACAUUGCUUUGCUCAUGGCCAAUGCAUCCCAGCUCAAAGCAGUCAUGGAACAAGGACCUUCCUUCUCAUUCUAUGUCCCACUUAUUGCCCUCAUCUCCAUCUCACUCAUACUUCAAGUUGGAGUAGGUGUCCUUCUAAUAUUUCUUGUCAAAUAUGACCUUAAUAAUCCUGCAAAACAUGCCAAACUGGAUUUCCUGAAUAAUCUUGCAACUGGACUGGUCUUUAUUAUAGUAGUAGUGAAUAUCUUUAUCACUGCUUUUGGAGUUCAGAAGCCAUCAGCCUCAAUCAGUAAGUGAUAUAGAGAGAUGUGAGCUUUUGAAUUCUGUAGAGAGUUUCUGCAUGUGGAGAUAAUUUGGAUAGAAAACAUGAAGAACUUGUAACAAUUCAAACAAAGAUGUCUCUGUCAUUCAGGUGAACUCUGUGGCAGAAAGGUCAUUCUACACAAUUGCUUAACUUUGUGCAAGGAUGAUGAACUGUUCCUGUUGUGAAAACUGAAUUUAAUUUUGCAGUGCAAAAGAUUCCGCUUACUAGAAUCAGCAUUUGAUACCGGCAUCAAUUGUUCACAUAAACCUGUUGCCAUUUUAUCACAGAAGACUGCUGUUUAAGCCAUAUCUUAUGACUCCAUCACACUGAAAAUUUCUCACUUUCCUGAGAGGUGCUGAACAAUGGAGAAAACAUGGCCUCCACAUAUGUAUUGAAAAGCAUGUGUAAAUUAUGCAUAAAGAAGAACAGAUUAGUCUGUUAAACCACCUAAAAGCCUGUGAAACCAGUGUUUUAUGCAAUUCAAAGAGCUGAUGCAAUUUUAUUUAUUUAUAUAAUCCCAGAUAAAGUAUGUGUUUUAUCAUUACAGGGCAUUCAUUUGAAAGGGUAGGAAGUAUUGGGACACUCUGCUUUCAAUUUUUGAAGGUCAUUUGAUGAUACCUCAUGUUUGUGUAUUCAUGAUUUAAUGCUCUAAAUCCAAGUCUUCUAAUGAAGCCAGAAUCCAUCCUUUUAAAUCCUUUCCAUUUCCUUUUUUUUAAAAAAAAUCUUUUGUUAUUCUGUGUGAGUUUAUUGAGGCCAUACUUUGCUUGGAACAGUAACAGUCAUUCAAAGAGGAAGCAGUAUCUUCAAAUGAAGUUCAUAAUAUGCCUAAGAAAAGCCCUGUUGAAUUGGAACAAAAACCUAUGUAGCCCAACAGCAUCUGUCUCCCAUAAAUCCAACAGCAGGAGCCAAGCACAAUCUGAAUAAGGGAGGCUCAGCUCUGGGCUCAAACUGAUUCCUUCAAUGAGUAGCUUGCUUCCUUUUUUAAAAUCCUUCUGGCACUCGGGAGAAUUCUUAAAGAAGGCAUGGUGCACUUGCCUACAGAUGCACUGUUAUCUGUUAAACUGGGAGCAAAGGCCUCCUUCAAGAGGGAAAAAUAGGGAUUUGUCCCUCAAUAAGUGUACAGUGGCUUGCAACCUGUGGGUAUUUAAAACUCCAGCAAGCCUUUCUCACCCCCAAUGUGAUUUCAUCUUCACACCUGUUUUCUUUUAAUAACUGUGCACUGGAAAACAUCAUUUUCAAAAGGUUCCCAAAUGAACCUAGAGGUGAAUUGGGAAAUAAAAUUAUUCAAAUGACAUACCUUUGUCCUUUAUCAGUUGUUUACAUCAUAUGUGUUUCCUUUAAGAAACUAAGCAUUGUAUUCAUUAUUUAUCUUACAUUAAAGAGAAACUGCCUUUAGUUUUAGAUUUAUAGAAACUGGCUGAGAUGUAACAGUGGGCUUCAUAAUAUCUGCCAGCAGAAUUGACAUCUCCUUUCUCCCUCCUGUUUGCUGCCUUCUAUGCCAAUGUCAAAAAACUGUUCUAGAGACUUUCUCAGCCAUCUAGAAGAAGUUGGGGAGUGGGGGGGGGGGUACCAUAGGGACUGGAGUUGCUGAUGGAACUCCAGUGGGAUCCUGGCACUCAACAAGAGGGACUUGGUGGAAACAGUGGGAUCCAUUAGAAGCACAUCACUGGAUCUUAGCCAUAACUUUAUCAUUGCUGUAUUUCAUUAUUGUAUGUGUGUGUACAUGCAAACAUAUCCAUCCUGUAUAGCUCAUUAUCAUAACAUUUUCUUUUGCCAUUUUGCUAAGUUCUUCCACUGAUUAUAAUUACAUUAUUUAUUCUUUUUUUCUUUUUUCUUUUUUUUUCUUUUCUUUUGGUAAGAAAAUAGAAGAGGAGUGCAUGAAAAAUCUUGGUUCUUUGUUUUUAUUCAUUGGUUUUGCUAAGUAAAAAAAUGGAUUGAACCAGAAUGCUUAACAUUAGACCCACUGAAAUAUGUGAGGCUCAAUCUGGUCACAUUUAUCUUAAAUCACACUUAUUUGAGAGGGCAUGAAUCCAACAGAUUCAUGCCCAAAGAGACUCUUCCUUGCCGCCGGAGCGGCGUUUCUCCAGGGGGAGGGGCCGGUAAGAGCGGCCUCCAUAAAGCCGGCUCACCUGGGCAGGAGCAGCCCAGAGGACUCUGUUUUUCAUUUUGUUUUGUAAACCGCCGUGAUCAUAGGAACGGCGGUAUAUAAAUAAAAUUUCAAUCAAUCAAUCAAUCAACACAGUAUCUUUUGAGAUAUGUUUGUUUUUUGUUGCUGUUCAGAUUGCUCUAUAAUAACUGGUUUAGUUAGUAGCUCUUGUAGUUACUUAUUAAUUUGUAGCUUCAUAAAGAGUACAAUGCAACAUUCAACUAACUCUUCCUAACCCUAAUGUAAUAUUGAAAUUCUUGUAAAUUUUGAGUUUAAAAUAUUAUUUCUUAUUUACCUGAACUCUGUAAUGCUUUAAUAUGAUCUAGAGUCAGCAUAAAUUUGAGCAAAUAUUUUAUAGAAUGGAGUGUAUAAUUUUUUACAUAUUUUUUCAAAAGUUCUUAAAAUAUAUGGUUAUUUAAAAUUUUGUGAGAUUAAGAAUAUUAAUUAAAGAGAACCUUCUCUUGGAAUAGACUUACUUCCAAGUAAAUAUGCUUAAGGGAGAGCCAACAUGGUGUAGUGUUUUGAGCUUGGAGUACAACUCUUGAGAUCAAGGUCCAAUUCCCUGCUCAGCCAUGGAAACCCACUGGUUGACUUUGGCCAAGUCACACGUUCUCAGCCCCAGAAAACCCCAUGGGCAUUACCAUAAGUUGACAACAACUUGAAUGCACAGAACAACAAAAAUAUGCUUAGGAUUGAUCUUUAACUUCAGAAUUUACAGUUGAUAACAGUCUUACAGAGAGCCAGUGAGUGUAGUGGUCUGAGCAUUGGACUAUGACUCUGGAGAGCAGGGUUCAAAUCCCUGCUUGGUCAUGAAAACCCAUUGGGUGAUCUUGGGCAAGUCAUAAUGUCUCAGCCAUUUAGGAUGGCAAUGACAAACCCCCUCUGAAGAAACUUACCAAGACAACAAUCUUUUGUGGCAUUAAUUUCAUGCAGAGUUAAAUUCACUUAUUCCCAUUCAUUUCCAUGGGAUUAAGUGUGUUUAACUCUUUAUUUAGAUUAAAAUAUAGAUGAACUUGGCAUUGAGUAGGCCCAUCAAAUAAAUCUGAAAAAUGAAGAUGGGAAAGACCAAACAGUUGACAAAUCAGACAAAUUCACUACUAUAUUUCCUGCUAGUACCCAUUUGCACUCCCACAGCUGGAUUUCCUCAGAAGUAAGUGCCUCAGCAAUCAGACUUGCAAAUUAAGUCUUUGUUUACUUUCCAGUGAUGAAUCACAAAACUAAGCAUGAUAAAUGUAGAGAAUAUGGAACUUUAUCACACCAUGGGCUCCAGGCAGGGAUGAGAAUGGAACGGAAGGGGGCAGGAAUGAGUGGGGUACGCAUUUUACUGCAUGCAAAGUCACUCAUUCCACUCUGUUCCCCAUUCGUUCCCCAUCCGUUCCAGAGGGGGCGGUUUUUGAGAACUGUUCAAAACAGUUCUCAAAAAUCUCCUCCUCUGGGCACAGAUUGGGAACGGAAGGGCAAGGAACGGAACGAGUGAGGGGCCUCCUUGUGUGCAGUAAAAUGCGUCCCCCACUCAUUCUGUUCCCUUCCAGGCUCCUUUUGUCCCGUUCUCAUUCCUGCCUGGAGCCCUGUGCGAUAAAGUUCAUAGUUUGGAAAAAUUACAUGCUAAGACAAACAGAAGUAUCUUUUUCAGAUGUGUUCUGAAAAAUGUCUGGUUAAUGUAUUGUCUAGUUUGACCAAACUGUUAUGAGUAUAUCCUUGUAUGUAUCCUUACAGGAUUCAUCAUUUCUGAAAAAGAGUUACAUCAAUACUUCUGUAAAGGACCUUUCUUCCUCUGAGAAAUAAAUUUUGUGGGUGUGUUACGCUGCUUGUCACAAAUGAUAUCAGAGGACAAUCCAAUAGAGGCCUGCAAUAUUCAUACAGCCAUUUGACACCAGUGGUUGGAGAGAAAAUCGCUUGCCCCACCCAAUAAUUGCUGUUUGAGAAACAAGGAAAUUCAGUGUAUCCAUAACAGACACUCUGUCUUUUGGGGAAAUGUCUGGCUCUGUAUUUAAGUCAUCUAAAAUUAUAUUCUAGACAUUUAUAUCUUGAGUGCCUCAUCACAGAGUGUAUACAGCCAUAUAUACUGUAAAUGUCCUUUGCUGGAAGUGGGAUCUGAAUAAUUCUGAUCCUUCUACUCAGGUUUGGAUCCUUGUUUUAUUUUUUAAUUGCAGCUACAUUAUAUUGUUUGUACUUUAAUUAUGAAGAUGAAUUUUCCAUUGAUCAAUAAAGCAUUUUUGAUAGUUG